AUGUGGGAGCCGCGGGGCGCGGCGGUGAGGGCGGCGGCGGCGGCGGCGGCCCUGCUGCUCGGGACCGGCGCCUGCUACUGCCUGUGGCGGCGGGCGGCGGGCGGGCGGCGGGAGCGGCGAGCAGCGACCGGGCGGGGCCCGCCGGCAGACAGCAGUCCUCCAGUGUCAAACCCUACCAUGGAUGUGGAUGCUCUACAGAAACUUAUUCUUUUACUCCAGGCCACAGAUGAUCCAUUAAUUCAAGAGAAAGCUUUAAUCACUCUCAGCAACAGUGCUGCCUUCUCUGUAAAUCAAGAUAUAAUCCGAAAUUUGGAUGGUCUUUCUGUUAUUGGAGGCAUGCUCUCCAACUGCGUUCCCAAAGUUAAAGAAAAAGCACUAAAUGCACUUAGUAAUUUGAGUAUGAAUAUUAAAAAUCAGGAAGAGAUACAGGUAUUUAUUACACAAAUUUGUAGGACUGUUGAGUCAGCUCCCCUGAACUCUGAUGUGCAGCUAGCUGGACUCAGGCUGUUGACAAAUAUGUCUGUUACCAAUGACUACCACCAAAAGAUGAUAAAGUCAAUUCCAUGCUUCCUUCAUUUGCUUUCAGAAGGAACUGAAAGGACACAGAUUCAAGUUUUGAAAGUACUUGUGAACUUAUCUGCAAACCCAGCCAUGACAAGACAUCUUCUCAGACCUCAGGUGCCAUCAUUGGUGUUACUUUUUGACAACUGUAUAAACAGAGAUAUUCUGGUUCGAGCCCUGGCAUUUGCAGCAAACUUGAAAAAGAACAUGAACAAUGAAGAAGGCACCAUGAUUGAGGAAUACAGUGAAGACUCAAUUUUCUUCACACUCUGCAGGGACUCUUCCCCAUUCACUCAGAGACUGGCAUCUUUGCUGCAUCACCCUGACACAGAAGUGAAAGAGCAAGUUGUGAGAAUAUUAACACAAUAGUGUUGUUUUCUUAAAGCAGACUGACCUGAUGAAAAUACCUAAUCUUGGCAAUGCUAUGCUAAAAAAGCCCACAAGUAAACAAUACAACAACGAUGGAGGAAAAUAAACCCCCUAAAUAC